CGGCCUUCUACCUCAUGACUCCCCCCGCGUGCUUUUGCACGGCAUAACUCUCCUGCAGGAACUAUUCCUUUGGAAAUUUCGAUAAGAUCACCGGAAACCCGCUGUUCUGAGCCAUCGCGAGGUUGGCAGCAUGCGACCGUCUUCAGCGCUUUGAUCAGAUGUCCCUCGUUGGAGCCGAGAUACCAUUGACCAUCCGGCCUUCCUUACUGGCAGCAACGACGGAGAAGGAAGAGACUCGAUAUACAGAGUAUAUCGGCAACAGUUAUUGUCGCUUCUCUCGGUUCGGUUGGCAAUCCAUUUUCUGCCGGAUCCCGUUGCUUGACAUCUUGUUGGGUAGAAAUACCCACAUAUCUGGACGUUUUGCGGUACCACCCCUACUGCAUUCCUACAUUCACCAGGCUCGCUAUUAGAAUCGCCACGGAUAGAUACGCGCAAAUGGAUGACAACGCCUCCGGGACACCCCUGCCGACGGCAGGUCUCGUCACAACUCUAUUCUCUUCCAUGAUCGCGUCUUCGCAGGCAUCGGUUCAGCAUAACCUGUCUUCUCUUGCGGGUCAAAACGAUACUCUGGUACCGGAUUCAGGCAGCAAUGAUGGUGACAAUGGGACAAUGCGGGAAUGGUCGUCUUUGAUUGGUAUUGUGACUGCGUUGGUUGGAAAUGUCCUGAUCUCCCUGGCCCUGAAUAUUCAGCGCUACGCCCAUAUUCGGAUUGCAAGGGAAUGGGAACACGAGAAGUCUUUGAAGGAGUCGCGUUUGAGACGUGUCAAUGAGUUGGAUGUUUAUGGUACGACAACUGGAGAGGGUGGAGGGGACGAUUAUAGAGGAAGAAGACAGGAUCAGGGAUAUGAUUUCAACCCUUAUAGGGACGAAUCGCUGGAUUCCGGAUACUCGAAUCGCAGGUAUCGGGAUCACGAUAGGGAUGAUGAAUCAGAAGCGCACGAGGAUCGUCUACAUCACUCGAUUUCGUCCGAACACACGCUAAGACCUGCCGGCCAGGAUUCGCAGAUGGGGCCUCGCAAAUCCUAUCUUCGUUCCCCGUACUGGUGGGUAGGGAUUGUCCUGAUGACUCUGGGGGAGGCAGGGAAUUUCUUAGCCUACGGUUUCGCUCCAGCGUCAAUUGUGUCGCCUUUGGGCGUAGUGGCUUUGAUUUCCAAUUGUGUUAUCGCACCAUGUAUGCUCAAGGAAAAAUUCCGCACUCAGGACCUUUGGGGCGUGCUUAUUGCCAUUGCCGGUGCGGUUGUGGUAGUGCUCAGUGCCAAGUCCUCCGAAGAGAAAAUUGGGCCUGACGAUAUCUGGGCCAUGAUCACUCAGUGGGAGUUUGAGUUAUAUCUAGUUCUUGUGACUGUAUUGAUCAUAGCUCUCAUGUCUGUGAGCAACAAGUAUGGUUCGCGGUCAAUCCUUAUUGACGUCGGGCUGGUUGCGCUUUUUGGAGGAUUGACUGCCCUGUCAACAAAGGGCGUUUCAUCUCUUUUAUCGUUUACAUUAUGGCAUGCCAUUACCUUCCCCAUCACUUACCUUCUAGCAUUUGUUCUCGCCUUCAGUGCUCUGAUGCAAAUUCGCUAUAUCAACCGUGCCCUGCAACGUUUUGACUCCACUCAAGUUAUCCCCACGCAAUUUGUGCUCUUCACACUCUCCGUGAUUAUUGGGAGUGCCAUCCUUUAUCGUGAUUUUGAAAAGACGUCUGCCAGUCGUGCGGGGAAGUUUGUGGGCGGAUGUAUCAUGACUUUCGUCGGUGUCUAUUUCAUCACUAGUGGCAGGGUCCGUCCUGAUGAUGAUUCUGCUUUCUCUAUAAUUGAGGAUGAUGAGGAAGAAGCUAUUGGCCUUCUGGCAGGGGAUCAGCUUCGCAGCAGUGCUGAUUUGUAUCGCCCCGAACAUCAGAAGCAGCAGCGGUCGGUCUACGAACCAGUCCAAAAGCACCACGAACGGCCUUAUCAUGACACGCUGCCGUCUCCCCGGGCAUCUUUGCUUAGCGUUGGCAUUGACGAUAUCGACAAUCAACCUACCCCUAGAGGGGUAUUGUCCCCAUCUGUUUCUUCACCCGCCGGUUCAGUAGCUAGCGAGCCUCUUUCAGCGCCCUCGGAACGGCAGUAUGUGGAGCAACCGCACUCCCUUACGCAGAAUCCCUGGGCUACUCUUCCAGCAGAACAGCAACCAGCGGACCCUCGCUCCGUCACUGAACUUCAAGUCGAUCGACCAGCCACUCCCACUGAACAACCCACUCCUACGCCCCCGGCGUCUACAGUCCUUCUCCGUUUCCCCGCUGCACCUGGAUUGGACGAUAUACAUACACAACAUAACGAGGUCUCUACUGAUCAGCAAGAACCCGUGCCACCGGACACCAACCGCCCUCAACCUUCCACUCAAAGUGUACAGCUUCCCCAAACUCCACCGCCGAGAUCGCGAAACUCUAUCUCAGUCCGGUUUUCUCCUGGCCGCUUCCUCCCUACUAUUUCAACUGGGUUCAGUGCAGUCGUCGCGGAAUCCCUUCGUAGGGGCGAAACAAGUCCCGUCUACAAACGCAGUCGCAGCCGCAGGAAACGAUCCGACGCAGUCGUACCCACCACGGAGUCCCCUGCGGCUGAAGUCGGCGGAAGACCAGAGUCAGGUCCAGAACCGGAAUACGACACAGACGCUAGUGCCGAUGACAAUGAGCGCGGACGCUCCUCUCUAUCAUUGACAGCCGACAGAUUACUCCACUUUCCCACGGUCAAGAGUACACCUAUCACCGCUCCCGCAACCGCAACAGUUUUCACACCGGUUACCAAAGAUGACAGUGACAAGGUUCCCGAAUCUACUGCCGUAAUUACUCGUCUGAGAAGUCUAAGCGACUCCUGGAAUGGCAGUUUGGGAUGGUUAGGUGGAACCCUACGCAGGGGCAGUAAGCAAGAAAGUCAGAACGUCUCUGCUGCCGAAGGUGAUAAUGGCAAUGCUACCCCUGCUCCCGGUCCUGAGUCUGCCACUGAAUCUCGCAAUGAAGAGGACGGUGACAGGAACCGUUCAUCGUAAACAGGGAGAAUAGAAUACGAAGGAGCUGCUCGUCGGAGGCUUAGCUUACCCCAUGUAUGUUUCAUAUUUCUCUGUAUCUGCCCUGGUUUGAUUGUUUUAUUAUAGAUACGGGCGAAGUUAAAGUACGUUGUGCAUACUUGUUUUCAAUUUAUUAUUAUUGUUAUUUAGAAUUUUAUUCUCCCUAUCAGACUCACAAUGUCACAUACUUCAAGCUGGUUUAACUAGGGUGAAUUUAGGGUUUUAUGUCAGUAUAUUUGUUAUGGUCUAGGCGUCAUGACAUGGAUCUUUUAUAGUUUAUACGCUUCUCACUUAUAGCUGCAGGAUCUGGUUUCUGAAAUUAAUUGAAUAAGUACAGCAGUCCUAAGCCAUGCCACCCAUGUCUGGCACAGGAGUUU